AUGGGGGUGAGAGAGGGAGGCACAGUUUUAUCCGGUGGUCCAGGGGCUUCUGCUGUUUCAAUCCGGUGUGUUGGAGUUCUUGUGGUUCUUCUGUUUGGAAUCUGGGAAGCUAAAGCACAAAGUGAAUUUGAAACUUCUUCUGUAUAUUUGUGGAAGACUGGUCCAUGGGGAAGAUGUAUGGGAGAUGAAUGUGGUCCAGGUGGUAUCCAAACACGGGCAGUAUGGUGUGCUCAUGUGGAAGGAUGGACAACGCUGCCCACAAAUUGUAAACAGAUAGAGAGGCCUGAGAACCAACAGAACUGUUUCAGGGUUUGUGACUGGCACAAAGAACUGUAUGAUUGGCAGUUGGGCAACUGGAAUCAGUGCCAGCCAGUUAUUUCAAGGAAUCUUGAAAAACCAGUGGAAUGCAUCAAAGGAGAAGAAGGAAUCCAGAUGAGAGACGUAACUUGUGUCCAAAAAUCAAAUGGGGUUUCUGCUGAGGAUGUCAUAUGCGAGUACUUUGAACCAAAGCCACGCCUGGAACAGGCUUGCCUCAUCCCUUGCCGCCAGGACUGUAUUGUGGCAGAGUUCUCCCCCUGGUCAGAAUGUUCCAAGACUUGUGGCAAUGGGCUUCAGCAUCGAACUCGUCACAUUGUUGCUCCACCUCAGUUUGGUGGCUCUGCUUGCCCUAACCUGACUGAAUUUCAGAUCUGUCACUCUACCCCAUGUACUACUGAAGAAAGCUUGCACAGCCUGAAUGUGGGAUCCUGGAGUACAUGCUCAAUGCCCCACUCAAGACAUAUAAGGCAAGCAAGGAAACGAGGGAAGAACAAAGAAAAGGAGAAGGACAGAGAAAAAGGAGUACGGGAUCCUGAAGCUCGGGAGCUUAUUAAGAAAAAGAGGAAUCGAAAUAGACAGAACAGACAAGAGAACAAAUAUUGGGACAUACAGAUUGGAUAUCAGACCCGGCAGGUUACAUGUACUCACAAAAAUGGAAAAACUGCUGCCUUGAGCUUUUGCCAACAAGACAAGUUGCCAAUUACCUUCCAGUCCUGUGUGAUCACUAAGGAGUGCCAGGUGUCAGAGUGGUCUGAGUGGAGCCCCUGUUCCAAAACAUGUUUUGAUAUGACAUCCCCUAAAGGAAAUCGUACAAGAACACGGACCAUUAAGCAGUUUCCUAUUGGCAGUGAAAGUGAAUGCCCAGAGCUAGAAGAAAUAGAGCAAUGUAGCUCUCAAGGAGAUGGUGUGGCACCGUGUGUUACGUAUGGCUGGAGAACCACAGAGUGGACAGAAUGUCGUGUUGACCCUUUACUUAGCCAACAGGACAAAAGACGAGGGAAUCAGACAGCUCUGUGUGGAGGUGGAAUUCAAACCCGUGAGGUGUACUGUGUGCAAGCUAAUGAAAAUCUCCUCUCCUAUUUAAAUACCCUCAAGGAAAAAGAAGAAAGUCAGUCACAGAGCACGUCGAAGUCUAGUGCUGCACCACUUCUAUCAAUCACUUUUGAAAUAACAGCUUCCAAGCCUGUGGAUCGGAAACUGUGCACAGGACCUGUACCUAGCACCACCCAAUUGUGCCAUAUCCCUUGUCCAAUAGAAUGUGAAGUGUCAGCUUGGUCAGCUUGGGGACCAUGCACCUAUGAAAGCUGUGAAGACCAGCAAGCCAAAAAGGGUUUUAAGUUAAGGAAGCGGUCCAUCACAAAUGAACCUACAGGAGGCACUGGAGGGACAGGAAAUUGCCCUCAUUUGCUUGAAGCUAUCCCGUGUGAGGAGCCCUCUUGCUAUGACUGGCGAAUAGUGAGACUAGAAGAGUGCAUACCAGACAAUGAGAAGCAGUGUGGGCCUGGCACUCAAGUUCCACAGGUGGUCUGUAUCAACAGUGAUGGAGAAGAGGUUGACAGACAGCUGUGUAGAGAUGCUAUCUAUCCAAUUCCCAUUGUCUGUGAAGUUCCAUGCCCAAAGGAUUGUGUACUCAGCAUGUGGUCUGGAUGGUCCUCCUGCUCUCACACCUGCUCAGGCAAAACCACAGAAGGAAAACAGAUGCGAGCCCGCUCUAUUCUGGCAUAUGCAGGUGAAGGAGGCAUUCAGUGCCCAAACAGUAGUGCACUUCAGGAAGCACGCAGCUGUAAUGAACACCCUUGCACUGUGUACCACUGGCAGACUGGGCCCUGGGGCCAGUGUAUAGAAGAUGUCUCUGUGUCUACUUUCAACUCAUCUACCAGUUGGAAUGGGGAGGCCACCUGUGCUGUUGGGAUGCAAACAAGAAAAGUCAUCUGUGUGAGGGUCAACGUGGGACAAGUGGGACCAAAAAAAUGUCCUGAAAGCCUUCGACCAGAAACAGUGCGGCCUUGUUUGCUUCCUUGUAGGAAAGACUGUAUUGUGACUCCAUACAGUGACUGGACAUUGUGUUCUUCCCCAUGUCAAGAAGGGGAUGUCACAGUAAAGCAACAGUCUCGCCAUCGAGUCAUCCUCCAGCUCCCUGCAAAUGGUGGCCGUGACUGCCCAGACACGUUAUAUGAGGAAAAGGAAUGUGAGGCUCCUCCUGUGUGCUAUACUUACAGGUGGAAGACCCACAAAUGGCGCAGAUGCCAGCUGGUACCAUGGUAUGUUCGCCAGGACAGCCCAGGUGCCCAUGAGACAUGUGGGCCUGGACUACAAGCAAGAGCAAUUACUUGUCGCAGACAAGAUGGAGGACCGGCUGACAUCAGUGAGUGCCUUAAAUAUGCAGGCCCUUUACCAACAUUAACACAGGCCUGCCAGAUUCCUUGCCAAGAUGACUGUCAGUUCACAAUCUGGUCAAAGUUUUCUUCCUGCAAUGGGGACUGUGGAGCAGUCAGGACGAGAAAGCGCUCUCUUGUUGGAAAAAGUAAGAAGAGGGACAAGUGCAAAAAUUCCCAGUUGUAUCCUCUGAUCGAGACUCAAUUUUGUCCUUGUGACAAGUACAACGCUCAGCCUGUGGGGAACUGGUCAGACUGCAUUUUACCAGAGGGCAAAGUGGAAGUAUUACUCGGAAUGAAAGUACAAGGAGAUAUCAAGGAAUGUGGGCAAGGCUAUCGUUACCAGGCCAUGGCAUGCUAUGAUCAAAACAGUCGGCUUGUGGAAACAGCACGAUGCAACAGUCACGGUUACAUUGAGGAAGCCUGCAUUAUUCCAUGCCCCUCAGACUGCAAGCUCAGUGAAUGGUCCAAUUGGUCUCGCUGUAGUAAAUCCUGUGGGAGUGGGGUAAAAGUUAGGUCUAAAUGGCUCCGUGAAAAACCUUACAAUGGUGGAAGACCCUGCCCCAAGCUGGAUCAUGUCAAUCAGGCUCAGGUAUAUGAGGUGGUCCCAUGCCACAGCGACUGCAGCCAGUACAUAUGGGUUACAGAACCCUGGAGCGUCUGCAAAGUGACCAAUGUUGACUUAAAGGAGAACUGUGGAGAAGGUGUGCAAACCAGGAAAGUGAGAUGCAUGCAAAACACAGUGGAUGGUCCUUCUGACACUGUUGAGGACUACCUGUGUGACCCUGAAGAGAUGCCUCUUGGUGCUAGAAGAUGCACAUUGCCAUGCCCUGAAGACUGUGUUAUGUCUGAAUGGGGCCAGUGGUCUAGAUGUUCCUUGCCCUGCAACGGAAGUAAUGUGCGUGAAAGGUCAGCGGAGCCCCUAAGACAACCUGAUGAAGGAAAGGCUUGUCCUGCCUCGACUGAGACAGAACCUUGCAGUCUGAACAAAAACUGUUACCACUAUGAUUACAAUGUGACAGACUGGAGUACGUGUCAGCUCAGCGAGAAGGCAGUCUGUGGUAAUGGCGUCAAAACAAGAAUGCUAGAUUGUGUUCGCAGUGAUGGCAAAUCAGUUGACCUGAAGUAUUGUGAAGUGCUUGGCUUGGAGAAGACGUGGCAGAUGAAUACUUCCUGUGUGGUGGAAUGUCCUGUGAACUGUCAGCUUUCUGACUGGUCUCCAUGGUCUGAGUGUUCUCAAACAUGUGGCCUUACAGGAAAGAUGAUACGAAGAAGGACAGUAAAUCAGCCUUUCCAGGGCGAUGGAAGACCUUGUCCAUCUCAGAUAGAGCAAUUCAAACCCUGCCCGGUAAAACCUUGUUAUCGAUGGCAGUAUGGCCAUUGGGCUGAAUGCAAAGUUGAGGAUGCUCAGUGUGGAGAGGGGACAAGAGUCAGGAACAUUUCAUGUGUGGUCUAUGAUGGAUCCACUGAAGAUGUUGGCAAAAUAGUAGAUGAGGAAUUCUGUGGAGAAAUUGAGCCUGUUAUUGAUGGCAAUAAGAAGAUGGUACUUGAGGAAACCUGCACCCUUCCUUGUCCAGGUGAUUGUUACUUGAAAGAGUGGUCAGAAUGGAGCCUUUGUCAGCUGACCUGUGUUAAUGGAGAAGAUCUUGGUUUUGGAGGGAUACAAGUCCGAUCCCGGGCAGUGAUCAUUCAGGAAUUAGAGAACCAACACCUCUGUCCAGAACAGGCUUUGGAAACAAGAUCAUGUAACGAUGGUCAGUGUCACGAAUACAAGUGGAUGGCUAGCCCAUGGAAGGGGUCUUCUCGGACAGUAUGGUGCCAAAGAUCAGAUGGAUUAAAUGUUACAGGGGGCUGUUUAGUGAUGCGCCAACCAGAUGCUGACAGGUCAUGUAACCCACCGUGCAGUCAACCCCAUUCUUACUGUAGCGAGACUAGAACGUGUGGUUGUGAAGAAGGGUACACUGAAGUAAUGUCCUCUGAUGACACACUCGAGGAGUGCACACUCAUCCCUGUGGUAGUGAUCCCCACUAUGGAGGACAAAAAAGGAGAUGUGAAAACCAGUCGAGCUGUGAACCCCACCCAGCCAUCCAGUAACCAGUCAGGACGAGGAAGGACCUGGUUUCUGCAGCCUUUCGGGCCAGAUGGGAGGCUGAAGACCUGGGUUUAUGGCGUAGCUGCUGGUGCAUUUGUUUUACUCAUCUUUAUUGUUUCUAUGAUCUAUCUAGCCUGCAAAAAGCCAAAGAAACCCCAGAGAAGGCAGAACAAUCGGCUGAAACCUUUAACACUGGCUUAUGACGGAGAUGCAGAUAUGUAA